AUGAGGAGUACAUUGGAGGAGGCGAUUGUGGAAACGCGCAGUACGCCUCUCGAAAAUCGACCGCGACUUCCCCGCUUAGCCCUAAGUAAGCGGAAUCGGGCUGUCGUGAGGGCUCUGAACCCAAUGCUGGUUACCUACUUGGAAGCCAGCCUGGAACUUUGCGAGACGGACUCAAUUCUUUUUCGCGCCGCACUGGCAGUCUGCCGUAUUAUAGGCGCCAAACUUUCCACGGCUGGACGCGCUACUGGACAAAGUAGUGCUAUCCCAGCCUGGAGAAUAAGAAUUGAGGAACGUAUCGCAAGGGCUAGGGUCCUCAUCGGCAGACUGAUAUGCUUCAGGUCAGGCAAUACCAGGCCAAGGAUUGUGCGCACCGUCAGGAUGGCGUUUGCUGGGACAAAUGUUAGUUUGUCCCAGCCGGAUAUAACGCAAAAACUGACGGAGCGCAUAGACGACCUGAAGCAAAGAAUCGCUGCUUGGGGAAAGCGGAUUCGGCGAUAUACCGAGAGGUCGACACGGUUCAACCAGAAUCGUCUCUUCCAGAGUGAUCAGAAGAGACUCUACAAAUCAUUGGAGCGACCAAUAGUAAGUGGAACGGGUCCAGCACCAAAUCAGGCCGACACGGUCGCAUUCUGGCGCAGCCUGUGGUCAGAGCCCGUAAACCACAACGAGGGCCCUUGGACGGAAGUUGUGGCGAGUCAGUGUGCGGGUAUUAUGCCCAUGGACCCCGUCAUCAUAACGCCGGAUGAGGUAGCUGAGGCGGUCCGUAGGGCCCCGAACUGGAAAAGUCCGGGGCUUGACGGGCUGCAUCACUAG